GUCCAAUAUAAACACACCAAAAUUAUGUUUUAUUCUGAAUGUCGACUGAUCAUUGCUGCGGAAAGACACUUUAUUCAUUUAUUAAGGGGCCAGUUAUAGAUUGUGUUUCAUGAAUUCUUAGACAUUUUACUAUUUUGAUUUUAUUAGGUUAUAUACGACAGUUAAUGCAUUUCUUAUUUGUGUAUUUUUGUUUCCUUCUGACCGGGGGACUAUUUGGGUAUGCGCUCUUACGCACAGAGUGGAGCAGUACAGAAUUCAGGUGCUCAACACUGCCAAGUAAAAGUAUCACUCCUGAAGCCUGGAACAUCCGGUGCAACUUGACGUCAUUAGGUGAGGUGACAGGGUGUGUUCCGUUGGCCAGCUAUCUGAACUAGCGACCAUGGCGAUGAAAUCGAAAAUCGGAGCUCACCCUGGCGCUGGCGUUUUGGAGAGGACUGGGCUCUGCUGUCGGUGCGAGCUGCUCUGCGGCUGGCUACAUAGCCUCUGAUUGACACAGUUGAGGGGUGGGGACGCAGGGUGGGGUCAACACCAGGGAGAGGCGGAGGAGAGAAGGAGAGAUCGAGCCCAACCCUGUACACGGCAACAACACACCGACAGAGGCUGGGGGAGCGAAAGAGAAUUUUCGACGCUGGAGAUAUGCGUUAAAUAACUAGUCGAGGGAACAGUUCACGUUUAAUGUUAAAAUAUAUAGCGUAUAGGUAGAAACUACAAGCAGGAAUACCAUUAUUCAAAUACACCCCGCCCGACCGACCCCCUACUCCACCCCUUCGCCCGCUUAGCUACCGAGAUGCACACGGAGACUCGUAACACGAAAUGCCAGUCGAGUCCCAAGAAGUCCAGCAGUGCUGCCAGUUCUGAGUCCGAGUCGGCCUUCACAGACACAGAGAUGCCCUCCAUACAGAUCAAGCCGGAGCCAGAGGAGCUGGACUGCUCGCCGGCUGAAGGAGCAGAAGACUCCCCCCAGGCCCUGGACCUCAAGUGCAAGGGCUCCCCGCCCCCCCUCUGUGUGAUUGACACGCACCCCUCCUCCCCGGCCUCGGCCACGCACAACAACAGCAACAGCAACGACGACAACACCACACACCAUCGCCUAGACAACAGCAGUAACCACGUCGACCAAACGGAGCCCGUGGACCUCUCCCUCAACAAGCCCCGCCCCUCCAUCGCCAAGCCCACCUCCACCAUCCUCUCGUCCAAUCCCGCGCCGCGGGGCGGCAGUCUGACAAGCAUCACGACGACGAAUCACACCAACAGCACGGCCAUCUCGGCCACCAUGCUGUCGUCAGGCUCCAUCCUAGCGUCGGCGCCCGGCGUGAUGGGCGGCCAGCAGAUCCUACACGUCAUCCACACCAUCCCCUCGGUCAACGUGUCCAGCGGAAUGGGCAUGGCGGGCAUGGGCCAGCUGCAGACCAUCCCCGUGGUGGUGCAGUCGCUGCCCGUGGUCUACACGGCGGUGCCCACCACAGCGGCGGCGGCGGCGGCCGCCGCGGGGGUGACGGGUGUGGCGGCCGUGGCAGGCGUGGCAGGGGAUCACCACCACCACCACCACUCCAGCAGCAGCCCGGGAGGAGUGGUCAGCCCUGCCGCCACCACCACCGCCGCCGCCAUCACCGUCCCUCUCAUCGGCAGCGACGGGCGAUCGGAAGGCUCAGUUCGCAUUCAGCCGGGCUCCAUAUCUCCUGUGGAGUACCAGAGUGACAGUGAUGCGGAGAGCGGAACAGAGUCCGGAUCUGCCUCCUUCAGCACGCAGGGACUGGACACCAGCUCGGGUGUGGACAUCGACAUGCCUGUAGACCCUGACUCCCCCGACAUGAAGAGGAGACGAGUGCACAUGUGCGACUACGCCGGCUGCAACAAGGUCUACACCAAGAGCUCCCAUCUGAAAGCCCACCGGCGGAUACACACAGGAGAGAAACCUUACCAGUGUACAUGGGAGGGCUGCACCUGGCGGUUCGCCCGCUCCGACGAGCUGACGCGACACUUCCGCAAGCACACGGGCAUCAAGCCCUUCCGCUGCACCGAUUGCGACCGCUCCUUCUCCCGCUCGGAUCACCUGGCCCUGCACCGGCGACGCCACGUCAUGAUGUGAACACUGACUCUACAUAACACAUGCAUGACAGGAAUACCUACCCUACAAGCAUCACAGAGCACCCUUACACACACGCACGCACGCACGCACGCACGCACGCACGCACGCACGCACACACACACACACACACCACAGGACACGCUAUUCACAUCAUCGCAAAAAAACACCCUACUUGUGCACACACAGUGAGGCUGCACACACGUACAUCACAGAACACACACAUGCACAAACAUGCUCUCACACACUCGUGAAUUAUCGCGUCUCUCAUCUGUGACAAGAACUGUGAUAUCCUCAUUGUCUGGCUGGGACUCCUUGAGUUGCUCCGUCAGUCCCAUGGGCCUAGUUGAUCUGGUGAGAGACGUCCAGAAAGCUUCUCCUCUCCCAGGGCAAUGCACAGAGCGCCACCCAUGUGGUGUGGUCCUGGUGGAGAGUGGGUGCAACCAUCUCUCCUGGUGCAACCAACCUCCCUGACUAACCUUCUCCUGGGUGCAACCUUCUCUCCUGGUGCAACCAACCUCCUUCAGUAAACCAACCUCCUCCACCCAUCUGCCCAUCAUCAGUGUCCUCUCAUGCCUGAUUUGCUGCCUCAAAGGCUCAAACCAAACACCUCUUUACUCUGCACCAACCAGGACGAGUUCAAAAUCAAAAGGCAUUGAAGACGGAGAAGAAAAAUCCAGAGGGAGGAUAGGAUUAUUCCCUCCUCGGUUUGAAAGGAAGAAGUUAUUGAGGAGACGACAAAAGACAAUUGCUGAUACAGGGAAUCAUGUUUCAUAAAAUGCAAAAAAAAAAGAGAGACGAGAACAACAUCGCAUGGACAGUGGAGGAUAAACUGCGAUCAUUUCUGUGUUUCGCUUCAGAGGGUGUUGGUGUGUGUGUUAGAGUCAGGGUGAACAUGGAGAUAUGUGGUGUGUGUGUGUGUGUGCGUGUGUGUGUAUGUGUGUGUGCGCAUUUGUGUUCCCUCAACUGUCUUGUACCCAUUCAUUGAUUUAUUUCUGAAGUGUGUGGUUUUCUUGCGUUAAGUGCAUGAUAAGCCCAAGUUUAGUGUGUGUGUGCACGCGUGCGUGCAUGUGUGUGUGUGUCUACUGGUUGUAUGUCUUGCAGUUGAAAGAUUUCAAAGUGAAAAUAUAAUUUAAAGACAGUUGAAAGGUGCAUUAUGAUGAACCCCCCCUCCUUUUCCACCCUUGCAUCCUCAGAACAAAAUGUCCGAAUGGAGAAAGUAUUUAACGUAGUCUUAGUUAACCACCUCCCCUUAUCCUCACAAGCGAUCAGGAGAGGGUGGACAGGGCAGAUACUCUGAAGACUGUGAAUUUUAUCUUAUUUCCCUUUCAUUAUAUAUAUCAAUCAGAAAUAUUUAUCCUCUGCAAUAUUUGAACUAAUUCAGUAACAGUAUUUGUGUUGGUUGUUCUUGCUUUUUUUGUACUUUUUAUUUACGAAAGAAAGGCCUUCUAGAUAUUUCUCUUGGCAAAAUUGGCCACUAAUAACAAAUGUGUUCUGAAACGAAUGCAUGUUUUGUUUGUUUCCGCUCUUUCUUUUCUUAGUUUUUUUUUGUGAAUUUGUGGAUUGUGGUCCUUAGUGCGGUGAAUAUGGUGGCACGCCAGUCAUCAUGUGUGUGCACGUGUGUGUGUAUGUGUGCGCGCGUGUUUGUGUGUGUAACAGAAAGUGUGUGUGUGUUUCUUGUAAAGACAUCAGAGAUUUUACGUAUAGUGUGUGUUUUUUUGGCACAUGUUGUGACUUCUAGCCCGUCGGAGCCUUAAAUGAAGUUUAAAAAAAAAAAAAGCGCGGAUGUAAAAAUUUGCGCAUCUGGUUUUCAGGGUUCUGGGAGAUUCCAGGGAGAGCGAAGGCACCCUGAACGCCCCUUACCCAACUACCCUCUUCCCCGUACUCUCCUCUGAAACCCCCUGAAUCCCACCCAGUACCCUCCUCCCCUCCCCAUAGCCCUCAGCUCCCCUCCCUCCGCAUUUGCACCUCGUCCAACACUUUUCAUGUCUUAAACUCGAAACACCAUUCAGCUCCACACCUGGGCUCACUUGAUUAUGCAAAAAAAAGAGAAAAAAAGAAAGAAAGAAAGAAACGAGGAAAAAAAGCAAAUGAAUAAAACAAGACACACGCUGUGGUCGCUGUUCUUAAAAGCAUUUAUUUGUGUGGGGCUGAUCCAACAUGCACACGUGUGUCUUAGCCACCACCGGCUGUGCUACAAAAAGCCUCCAAACACAUGUGCGUGGCCCUUCUGUGUAAGCUAGCUACCAUAGCCAUUAUACUCCAGUCAAGUGCUAGUGAGAGGUGGUGGUGGGGGUGUAUGUUGGAGAGAGAGAGAGAGAGAGAGAGAUGGAGAGAGGGGGUUGGGAGGACACACCUCUUGUAAUUAAACGCUUUAUGGAAGCAAAACAAACAAAAAAAUGAUGUUUUCUCCCCAAAGUCCAGCCUUUGCAAUUAGAGCAUGCCUGAGGUCAGUGGCAUGGUCUUCACGGUCAAGAGAGCAAUGCAAUCUUCAGAUUUUUUAUCAUCCUCUGAUUUAACUAUUGAAAGGAAAAAAAAAUGUUACUAAGCACAUCUUUGUAGAAGAGUUAUAUGCAUUUGAUUGCAAAUUCUUUCUUUUAUAAACUUCAUAGAACUAUGGACAAUGAUUAAUAAAGAAAAAAAUAUGUACAUACUGUAUAUAAUCAGAAGCUCAGAAUAAAUGUAACGGGUGGAUUUCUAUUUUUAACACUGACUAGACAAUGUGAAAUACUCGUUUGUUUUUUGUUUUUGUUUGUUCAUUUUGCGCUAUAGGUUCUAUGAAACGUGUCCUUUUCAAGCAAAACAAAAAAGAAAAAAAGAUUUUGUUUUUCAAAUGAUUUAAUUCUGGCUCUCAGACCAUCCCCAGUUGUGUUGUUCUUUUGUAUUGCAUGGAGAGUAGCCUUCUUAAUUUGUUUUUCUGUUGUGAUGUUGGUCCGCAUGCUAUGGUGUGAUGGUGCCCGUGCGGGACGUGGCCUGCAGAGCAAUGAUUAGCCAAUCAAAAACAAAAAGUACAAAUAUGCAGUCAUCCUAUUGGCUGUGAGGGCCACAGAGCCACACUCAGGUUCAGCCCAAUUAGCCAAUAGCAUCACCCUCCCCCUCCAAAAAAAACUCUGAGUGACAGACCGCCCAGGCGCAAGUGGUCUUGUUGUCAACAUAGCACACCCUCUUAUUGGAGCAUGUUUUGCUCUUCUUUAUUUUCUUUAUGUGUCUUUAAAGCUUGCCUACAAAAAGAGUGAUGUUGGCAAAGGCUACGUUAGCUGGAGAAGCUGUCACAAUAUUUCACUCUGAGGUCGAGUCACUCACAACAGGGGUUUCAACACCGCUGACAAAUAAUGUGUCCCUUUUGAGCAGAGACUGACCACUUAAAAAAAAAAGAUGUUAAUGAUGUACGAAUCUUAGACUUAUAAUUCGUGUCUUUGUUUGAAAGUUUGAAGGGUGUGUGUGUGUGUGUGUGUGUGUGUGUGUGUGUGUGUGUGUGUGUGUGUGUGUGUGUGUGUGUGUGUGUGUGUGUGUGUGUGUGUGUGUGUGUGUGUGUGUGUGUGUGUGUGUGUGGUGCACAGUUGUAUCCAUGCACGUCUAUGUAUGUGUGUAUGCACACGUGUGUACGUAUGCUUAAGGUGUGUAAAUGUGCUUUCUAUCACAAAACAAAUUUUUAAUAAAGGUAAAUCAGAAAUCCUAGGUAUGUUAUAUUGAAUGCAGUAACUUACGGGCCAGUACUAUAUUACACAGUGCAAUGCAGUUAUCGUUAUAAUAAUACAAGUAAUUAAUGUUCAUUCUUUUGUAUUUGUACAGAACAAAAUGUGUAAAGAGAUCAGUGAGGAAAACAUGAGCUUUUUGAUACUGUGAGGAAUGGUGUUAAAAGUCAGUUUCCCCCUGUACAGUUGUGAUCAUCCACUUCUUUUAUAGAAAUAAAAAUGUUUUUUGGUGCA